AUGGUGCAAGAUGGCCUUGGUAGAAUUAGGGACAUUAUACAUAAUAUUCAUGAGAGUGUGAAAUAUAUCACUUAUAAUGACUCAAGGUUGAAAGCAUUUUGUGGUAUUGUUGAGCAGAAAUGUUUGAAGGAAAGAAAGCUUAUUAUUGACUAUCCAAGAAGGUGGAAUUUGACAUAUAGGUUGCUGUCUACUGCUUUAAAGUUUAAGGUUGUCUUUUCUGAUUAUAAAGAAAGAGAGCCACAUUAUAACUACGCACUAUCAGAAGAUGAUUGGAAUAAAGUUGAGAAGAUUUGUAAACUUUUAGAAGAGUUCAAUCUAGCCUUCCAUGUCAUCUCAAGUAGUGAGUAUCCCAAUUCAAAUUUGUACCUCCCUAAAGUUUGGAGAGUGAAACAAGUAAUUGACAAUGUCACAAAAGAUGAUAAAGUGGUGAAUGCUUUGAAAUCAAUAUAUGAUGAGUAUGCAAGCAUGUCUAAAGGAGAGAUAACUAGUAAUAAUGAAGUUGAUAAUGCUGGCAACAACUCUUCUGCUAAUGCACCUAAAUUGGAAGCUUACUUUGAAGAUGGUGUUUAUAUUCUUGAUGAUAGUUCUAACUCGUUAAAUGCCUUGGAAUCAUGGAAAAAUAAUAGCGUAAAGUAUAAGAUUUUAUCUAAGAUGGCUGCUGAUGUAUUAGUCAUUCCAAUCUCAACCGUGGCAUCAGAGUCCACAUUUAGUGUUAGAGGUAGAGUUAUUGAUGAAUGUCAUUCCAAAUUGAAUGAAGAAUCAAUUGAAGCAAUUAUUUGUGGUGGGGAUUAG